UGAUUCAUUGUAAGGGUGUAGCACAUUAGCUCUUUGCUAACAGACAUAAAUAACAACUGAGGAGUAUACAGUAACUUUUUGUUAAUAAAUCUAAUGCGAGGCAUGCUUGAUGUGAUUGUAGUAAAAUACUUAUUAUCAGUAAUUGUAUAAAAAGAAAUUGUAUAUUACAGUGCCUUCGUACGAGAGAAAACAAGAAUAUGGGAGCCAACGAGUCUCAACCAAACAAAAGGAUUGUACUUCUUGGGAAAACAGGAGAUGGGAAGAGCAGUGCUGGGAAUACCAUUCUUAAGCAACAAGUAUUUGUGAGUAAAGCUUCACCUGAAUCUGUGACAGCUGAAUGUGUGAGCGGUGAUAGGAAAGUCUAUGGAAAAAAGAUCACAGUAAUUGACACACCGGGAAUCAUGGACACGGGUCUCGACGAGGAGAUCAUCAAGUCCGAGAUCAUCAGAUCUGUGAUCGAAUGUGCUCCAGGACCUGAUGUCUUUACCAUUGUUCUGAAGGUCGGAAGGUACACGGCUCAUGAAAUGGAGAUUGUGGAUAAAGUUGUGGAAUAUUGUGGAGAAGACACAUUUAAACAUUCAGUAGUUUUAUUCACUCACGGUGAACAACUCGAGGGUCAGACCAUCGAGGAAUUUGUGAAGCUAAGUCCAAAACUACAAGAGCUGGUGGAUAAAUGUGGAGGACACUGUCAUGUCAUUGACAGUAAAUACUGGACGAAACGUCAUGUGGGAUACAAGAGCAACAGGGUCCAGGUUAAAAAUCUUCUUAAAGCCAUAGAGCAGAAUCUGAAAGACAAUGAGAACAGCUGCUACACCAACGAGCUCUUACAAACCGUGGAGGAAGAAAUUCAAGAGGAGAUGAGGAAUAUCAAGGAGGAAAAUAUGGCUCCUGAAGAAAAACGAGAAGUAGCAAAGAAGAUUGUUCACAAAAAACUUUUGGUAAGACUUGCAGGAGUGACAACAGGGACAUUAACUGGUGCUUUCCUGGGCGUUGGUGUGGCAGUGGCGUCCGUCGUGGCUUUACUUAAAGCGGCAAGCAUUCCGGGAGCAGCAGCGGCUGCGGGAGCCACAGGACUAGCAGCAGGAACAGCAGUUGCGGAGGCAGGGAUCAUCACAGGAGUAGCAGGUUCAGGAAUUGCUGCUGGCGUCACAGGAGCUGGCGUUGGAGCAGCAGGCUCAGGAAUUGCAGCAGGUAUUGCAGGGGUUGGUGCUGGAGCGGCAGGAUCGGGUGUUGCUGUAGGUGUCAUUUUCGGAGCGGCGGCGCUAGCGGGAGCGAUCGGAGGAGGAGUCACUGGAUACAGAGCAGCUGAAGAUGGUGAUUCAGUUUCAGAUGCAAUAAGGAAUGCAGCCAAGCUUAACUAUGAGAAUGCAAAAGCUGUGGUCAAAAAGGCAGAAAAACACCAACACAAACUCUUUAAAAAGAAGUAGAACUAAAUAAAACCUGAUAUUCAAAUUAAGUUGAAUAGUAAAUUAAAUGCAUACUGUACGUACUGUAUAUAGAAUUUAUCAAACAUUUCUGUAAACUGAACUGUACUCUACACUUAUUUUUCUACAUAAUGGAAUUUGUUCUCACUGUUUUCCAAUUAUAUGUUCACUUAGUCACACUAAAGUUAAAUGUUUUUCCACCUAUGCUGUUUGUGUUUAAUUCUUUUCAAAAGAAUCUAACUAAGUUUUUUUUAAGUGUACCUCAUCAAACAUUGAUAGGUUCCAUAAAAUGAGUAGUCACAAAAACAGUUAUAGAAGAUUUUCCGCUAGAGAACAUGAAUGAGCGUGGAUUCUUUGGAAUGGAAAUCAAUCCAAUGGGACUCAGAAAUCAUGUUUAUGGAUGGAGUAAUGAAUACAAGUUUUACUGUUACAUUUGAUCACUUAAAUCCACAUAAUAUUUCAUUCUAAUUAAAGUUCCACAAGUAACGUGAUGUUAAGUUACAGAUUCUUGAAAUAAGGCAAAAAACACAUUUUAAAUGUUAGAUUUUGCUUACUGGCAACACUUUACAAUAAUGUUGUAUUUGUUAACAUUAGUAAAUGCAUUACAUGCACACUAACAAAAAGCAAUAUAGUUUUUCAGCAUUUAUCAAUUAAUAAAUGUUAACAGAUACAAGUGUUAAUGAUUUAUUUUUUAUACUACAUACAUAAAAAUGCAUAUAGCUGUAGACAAGAAGCUGUAGUCUCAGCUAAAGAAUUACGUAAGGUAACGUUUCUUUAAAUUGUUUUUUCCCCUUAAGAAUUGCCAGAGUAGCCUAAAAGAAACAAAAAUUGACUCACCUUCAAGCCAUAGAACAUAAAAAGAGUUCUCUUCACAGCUUUGGUAUGCCACUGGAUUGUGGAGUUUUAUUGAGGCUCAAAAAAGUGUCACGGUCCUACCUUCUUGUUUAUGAAUUCCUAGUCGUGUGGCAGGAUCGGGACAGAGCCCUUAGGUUUUAUGUGAGAAAGCCAUGAGUUGUUUAUGUUUUUUACUUCUCGUGUGUUUUCUCGUGUCUUGUCAUUGGAUCCGCCCCUCUCGUUUCAUGUAUUGCUUCCCUGCCGUGUCUAAUGUUUCUCACCUGCCCUGUGUCGUUAUCCCUCGUUUGUCUUGCCCUAUAUAAUACCCUCAUGUUUCAUUGACUUGUUGCUCAGUCAUUGCGUUUGGUGUGUUUGUAAUGUUCCCGUGUUCCUGUCCCGUGCCUUGUCAAUGAACUGUGAGUUUUGUGUUUUACCCUGCCGUGUUUAAUUGUAAGACGUUUGGUCGUGUUUUUUAGUUUAGUUUUGCUGUUCUUGUUUUUCGUUUUGCCCCAUCGAGGGAAGUGUUUCGUUGAGUUCUUGUUUUGUUCUCGUGCCUGUUUUUCCCCCAUCGUGGGUGUUUUGUUUUGUCCUUGUAUUUAAUAAAUUCUCUGUUAACCCCUUCACCACCGCUGCUGCCUGCGCUUGGGUUCCUCCACUCCACAUUCUUGACAAAAAGUGCAUCCAUCCACCCAUUCAUCAUGGAAUCAUCAAUAAAUUUGGGAAGGCAUUUUUGAAGA